AUUGCACAUGUGUCGUACCAUAUUGAGAUUAGAGUGCCUAAAAAAGCAUUCAGUUAAAUUAACUAACCUGCAGGUGACUUUUCCCAUUUUUCUCUUUCCACAUUCCGUGCAUAAGAUGCCUCACCUUCGUAUCAUUUCGCAGACUUGAAAACACAUUGAAUUAUGGCCUUGAAAGAGUUUGGGCAGUUGGCUACAUUAAAGGUUCAAGAAGGGUCGUAAUCGGUUAUGAUGAAGGCACGAUCAUGGUAAAGCUUGGCCGUGAGGUACCUGUUGCUAGUAUGGACAAUGGAGGGAAAAUAAUUUGGGCCAAGCAUAAUGAAAUUCAGACUGUCAACAUCAAGAGUGUUGGGGCAGAUUAUGAGGUUGCUGAUGGAGAGAGAUUACCUUUGGCAGUUAAGGAACUGGGAAAUUGCGAUCUUUAUCCACAGAGCUUAAAGCAUAAUCCCAAUGGUAGGUUUGUUGUUGUAUGUGGAGAUGGUGAAUACAUAAUAUACACAGCUUUGGCAUGGAGAAACAGAUCAUUUGGCUCGGCAUUGGAAUUUGUUUGGUCAACUGAAGGAGAAUAUGCUGUUAGAGAAAGCACAUCAAAGAUUAAGAUUUUCUCCAAAAAUUUCCAGGUUGCUUUUCUUUUUAUCCUUUUUGUAUGAUCAUUUCUUUUUAUA